AUGGCGGAUGCAACAGAAGAACAACAGUUUAUAAUUUGGUUUCAAACGCUGGAUAUCGAUGUUGAUUCCAAGGCGGAUAUUCUAGCAAUACUAAAAGCAGAAGGCUUUUAUAAGAUUCAGCACCUAAAGGAUUUUCAUAUCGACGAAGACCUAUGCAGUUUGCCACUUAAGAAGGCGGAAAAGCGAAGGUUUUUGUCAGGUCUUAAAGAACUAGAAAUCAAUGAAUGGCGCCUUCCUCCGAAUUUAUAUGAUAAAAGUAUUUUGGCUCCUGAAAAGGACGUGAGAGGGUCACAAGAAACAGAAGUUGAUCUAGGAGGAGUAAAAAUGACAAUGCAGUUACGGAAGAAGUUCGAGCAGGAAAAUCUUAUCAUCCCCAACCCGGUAACAGACAAACACAAAUUCUUUAAUUCACUGUUUUGCAAGUUAUUUAAUGCGUGUUAUGUUCACCUACAAAGUCGAUUUGUAAAAUACUUUAAAUCGGAAAGAAAAUCACGAUGGGAGUUUCGCAGUGCGAUGGAAAGGAUACAACAUGCUUAUGAGGGCAUUGUAAACACACCAACAGGAGGGACUGGUGGUUGUGAUGCCAAGCGAUAUUUUUCUUUGCCUCCAAAGUUCGACAAGCAUGAUGCAAGUGUAGUUCAGAAAAGCCUGUCAGAGCUCCUAAAACAACGAGACCUUGUUUUGGAACAAAAAGAAAUACUUAAGAAAGACAGAAAGGAAAGACUUUUCAUGUUGGAAGAUGGAAUUAUCAAGAAGUGGGCUUCAGUUGAGCAAGAACCAUACAACUGUGAUGCAAUGCUUCAGUGUGACAGGCUGAGAGGUAAAUAAACUACACAUGUAUAGAUGUCAUACUUUAUGCUGUUGCUAUCAACAUUAAUGAUUCAUUUAUAAUAUGUUUGAAAAUUUAUUGUCAAUAUCAAAACUUAAAAAUAGGGACAAUUGAAACUGCAACAUCCAAGCUGUCCACUACACUUUCUCUAAUGAAGGAUAAGGAUUCAGGUGGUGAUAUUUUGGACGGUGAAGAGCAAAGAAAGAAGAGACGUAAAAAGGAGAAUAAGCAUCAUGCCCAAGCUAGAAAGGUAUUGCACUGGAAUUUUUCAACAUUUGUUUUCCAAAACUAUAAGCCAAAAAUGGGAGGGGGGUGUUUUAUAUAAAACUUGAAUUUUCUUGGCUUUUUCUAGAGACAAAGACUUGAGCGACUCUGUUUGGAUGUUGCAAAAAGACUGGGAGCACCUAUUGUCUGUGAUAAUUUGUACAGUCCAUCUAUAACAGGAGCCUUUCAGUUAGGUGCUAAUGACAUUAACUGUGAUAACCUAGAAGGAAUAACAAAAAAUGCAUUGUUAAUUGAAGUUUUUGAUAAGUUGAAGGGUGACUUGUUAGAAGAGUCAGGUUGGGAAACACUCAUGCAGUGGUAUGAAGGCAGUUAGGACAAAACUUACCGUGACAGCUAUGUUAUCAUUUGUUGGUAUUAUUAAAAAAGUUAUUUGCAACUUGCACAGUAUAUUUCAGUUAAGGUUUAUAUUAAAGGAUUAUUUUUUGACAGGCAGGUACAUAAAGUGUUGUGCUUGUAAUAUUUUUUAAAUUUAUUAAUAUCAAAACUGAGCAGUUUGAAAAAAUGUCGACAUAAUUAAUACUCUCGAACGAGCACAACAUGAAACAAUGAGAACAAAUAGCUAAUUAAUGUGGAAUAGAUUUUUUUUGGUGGGGGGGGGUUCAUGAAAAUUUCUAUCUACUAAAUGUCUGUUGUUUGGGGGGGUCACCAAAAAAUUUGCUAGGUGUGGAGGGGGGGUUGCCUAAAAAAUUUUUCCUAAUAUGUAAAAUCCUCAUAGCCCCUCACCACAUAAAUUAUGAAUGCUCCCUAAUGUUAUGUAAUUGCGUCUAAACAAAUAUAAGCUAGUGAGUGCCUAAAAAAUAAAAAAUAUAAGUCAAGGUCUCUAUACAAUUGCGUUUAAACAAAUAUAUUGUAUAAAGAUCCUAAAAAGUAUAUGUCAAAAGGCCUGCAUAUACGAUGGCGUCCAAACAAAUUUACGGCUUCAAUAAAAUUCUAGUUAAAAAGUUAGUAUAAAACUUUGAAGUAUCUUAUAUAUUUGUGAAUUGAGGGAAUUGUUCCUCCUAAAACGGCUUUGAAUUAUAAUAGUGCCAAAAUCAAAUCUCAAGGGACCGACAAAGUAGAAUUUUUGUUACUUUUUCCUGUUUAUUGUUACAAGUUCCAUCAACAAUGUUCCAUGUCGUAGACUUAUGUAAAUCAAGUCCGUCUUUUAUAUUCAACCCUUUGAAUUAAUAAAACAUUUACUAUGCGUGAACAUGUGCUUGGUACAAAUAUCCAUACAACUUUCUUACCUUUGAUUUUUACUAAUGUAUUUGAUAUAUGAUUUUCGCCAAGACCGAAGCGCCAUUUUACUUAUGUGUGGACUUGCUCCAAGGCGAGAACACGUGCUAAAAUACACGAAAAUUUAUUCUGGUAUUUAUAUAUAAAUAUAAAACAGAAGAGCGGUUAUUAACUGACGCAUUUCACACAAUUUGAAGGGAAAAAAUAUUUUAAACCCCGUGUAAUAAACCAAAUGACAAUAAUUGACUUUUAACAUGACCACCUAGACCUUGAAAAUCUCAACAUGCAAGCUAUUCAAUUUCAAAUGCGCCCAUGUGCUACGUGAAAGCUCACUUUGUAAACAUGCCUUGUAAAACACUAAAAAAUAUCUGCCUAAGUAAGAGUUAAUUACCGAGAACGAGGUUUCUUAGCGAGAUACAACCCGAGGGGCGUGUCCCGAAGAAAGCAUUCCGAGGGCCGUAGGCCCGAGGGAUGCUUUCUGAGGGCAACGCUCCCGAGGGAUGUAUCUCGCUAAGAAACCGACGUUCGAGGUAAUUAACUGACUUAGUUCAAAUUUGUAAGGAUUGAAAAACAAUUAAAUCUACUUUUUUGUCGAAAAUACUUGCAUUGAAUUAAGAGAAUAACGAUUGUUACCAUGGGGUCCAUAUGAAAAUGAGAUUGAAACGUGAACUACCUAUGUAGCGACAAAAAAAAUGCUUCCAGGCAACCGGAAUCAGAUGAAAAUGUUGGCUUAUGGAAAGAGAAUUUUUGCAAGCAAAUGACGAACCAUUGGGAUUUGCAGUGCUCAAACUAGACAGAGAUAAACAAAGAGUCUUGAAAAACGCGUAUUGAGCGUAUACCGAAUAUACUGUAGGCACAAGACACAACACCAUCUGGGCAGUUCGAUCGUAUUUCGAAAGAGUGGGCCGAAGGUAGAAGCGCUAUAACGAACAAUAUGUGUAUGGGUUUGUCGAAGCAAAGAUUCUAAAUUUGUUUUCAAUAGGGUUUUAUUUGGGUAAGAAUCUAAAAGCAAGUGGAGGGAAUUUGACAUCUCUAUAGGGAAAAGGGGGGUUGAUGAAUAGAAUUCAAUUGAAUUGAUGAUUAAAUAUUUACCAGGUUUUAUCUAAGUAUAUAAAACCUGAUUUUUGCGGGUUUUAUAUAUAUAUAACCCGCAAAAAUCCGGGUUUUAUAUGGAUAAAAGCCGUGAAUUUAUAAUUAUUAAUUCAAUUCUAUUCAUCAACCCCACUUUUCCCUGGAGAGAUAUCAAAUCCCUCCCCUUGCUUUAAGAAUCUUACCCAAAUAAAACCCGACUGAGAACAAUAGAAAUCCGCACAAAUUUGAACUAAUAUUCACUAUGCUCUCUUGAGACCUUUUUUGCAUUACUAUACCAGUAAGAUAUAAACAUAAUAUGAAAUAAAAAUGUUAAUGUACGGUCAAUCCCAUGCCCAAAUGGCAAAUACUAUUUUUGCCAAUUGACGUCAAUGUUUCAUUUCGAUUUUGGUAUUUUCAUGUCUUGGACCUGUCGUACUGUAUUAUUUGCAACUGGCAUGUAACCUUAAACUCCCUUAAUAUAACACUAAGAUCCAAUUUAAAAAUUUCAACAUUUUAGGUAUCAUAAUGACUCUAACAAACCUGCGCCAAUAUUGAGGACGAAACUCACUCCUGAAGACAAUAGCCUCAAACAACAUGGUAAGACAGAACUUGCAAUACGUCAGCGUGUACUUCUAUUAGAGAUCAUUCCCAGCGACAUUAAAAGCUCUUGA